GAAAUGACAUCACAAUUACUCACCAAUCAAUUUGACUUUUGGUAUGACGUAACAGUCACCAACAAUUUUAUAUGAUAUGACGUCGUAAUCAGCUGGCAAGCUGAAAUUAGCAGCUCUUUCUAGAAUAAAUAGAACAAACAUUAGUGCAUGUAAAUACACAAAUUCUUAAACAAUUGAAACGUUAGCAUUAAAAGCAGAAUUUAGUGAAUACUUUUAACCAUGGCUUUACUUUCUUUAUGGAGAAAAAAUAACAACGUACGUCACAAAUGCUUUAAACGUUGUUAUCCUUUCAGCGAUUUGUUAGCCGAUCUUCAGAAUGAAUUGUUCUUCGAAUUAGAGAAUCUUUACUCUCUAUAUUCUAAAGAUUACGUGAAUAAAAUUUCAUUGAAACGAAAAUGUAUUGAAAGUAAUGUUAUAAUAGAGCUGGAUGAAACAAAACAUUAUGAACCGAAAGAAUUGAAAAUAAAGAUGAAAGGACGACAGAUAGAAAUUACCGGAAAGCACGAAGAAAAAUACGAAAGGAAGAAAAAUUAUGCAUAUAGAGAAUUUCGACGUGUUUUCCAACUUCCGGAAGAUGCUGAUCCCGAAUCUGUUUCCUCGGAAUUAACGAAAGACGGAUUAUUAAGGAUUCGAGUUUCUCCUUUAUAUAAAGAAAGAUCAAUACACAUCACAGUUGAAAAGGAUAAUUUAAAAAAGUCGAAAUGUGAAAAGAAAGAUGUUAAUUCUGAAUGCUGACCUUAGGAGUACUGAAUCUUUAAGAAUUUGAAGAUGGAAGAAGAGCCAAGUGCAACAUUUAAUCCAUUCCAAAAUGAAGAUGUUAUGAAGACUUCUAGAACAUUGUGAAUGAUAAUCUUUACACAAGACUGAAAUAUCAUUACAAACUUCUAUAAUAAAAAAAAAUGUUUUUGAAAUUAUUAUAUCCAAAAUCUAACUUGAUAAAUGCAAACUUUCAGUUUCAAAAUUUCAUUUUAUCAUAAUUCAUCUUUGUUACUCUGCAUUCAAACUGCUCAGUCAACUUCACAAAUAGACUAUCAGUUUAUAAUGCAGGGGUGUCCAACCUUUUUAUUUUUUUGGGCCGCAUUGGAAGAAGUUAAGGAGU